AUGAGAGUUUAUGGAAGUGAUAGACACGCGCGAGGAAGAGAGAGUGGUGAGGUGAGGCAAGUGAAGGUGGGUUUAGGGUUGUGUCUGCCAGCAAAUGCUUUUACAGAAGCUGUCUUUCUCUCUGCCUUCAUUCCACAAAACAUUUGA